AUGAGCAACAAGCGCCGUAGAAGCACAUAAAUCGAUGAUGAUUCAACAUUGCCCAAUCUUUUAACAUUUGAUAAAAAUACCUCGUAGCAUAAUCAACAUAUUACUGAAGCUUUCAGCUAAAAACAUAAAUUUUCAACAACAAACACAAGGCCAAGGAAAUUUUUAAAUGAUGUAUCAUUUUCAAUCCCAUUAAACGAAUUAAUGUAUGUGAAAGAUUUUUGCUAUAACAAUCAAAAGCACACUCAUGUUCCAAUCUUGACUCAUAUUAAGAAGUUAGAUCUUAUCCCAGAGCAAGAUUAAAGGAUGUAUCUACUUUAGGUUUGGAGUAACAAGGGAAAGGUACUAUUUGAAAUGCAUCUCUAAGACGAAGAGAAAUUCAUCUAUAUUUUAAAGCUAGAUGGUAACAGAUUGAUAAAAGUCAGGGAUUUAUGGUAAUUUGAUUAAGAUCAUGAAAAUGAUGAGAAAGAUCCCUCUGCAGAAUCUAAUAGUAAAAGGAUUUAUAUGGUGAAGAUUGAGCCGUAACUCAUUAAUGCCAAGACUGGUAUUUUUGACAUCACUAAAGAUAAAGUACGAUGUCUAAAGCUCAAUCCAACAGGUGAAAUUCGCAAUUUAACUUUUCACGGUUUCAUUGAAAAUUAAGAAAUGCAAUCAUAAAAAGACAAGAUCCUAUGUCUCAUAGAAUUAGAGGAUAAUCAGAUGUCAUUUUAGACUUUAUAAUAUGACACUGUAUAAAAGAAAUUCGAAUUAGAAUUCUAUAAAGACAUUUAGUUAAGGAACUCUCCUUAGUUUUAAGAUUGCGAGGAAAGAGAUGAAAUAAAGAGCUUUUUAUAUCAUAUUGAUCAGCAUGACUGCUUAUAUGGAGUUGCUAUAAGAAAAUCAGGAAUGGCUGAUAUCUAUUAUAAUUACUAUUUAUGCAGCUCUUCCACUAGUAAUUUAUUUUUAAUUAACAAUCUAUUAGAUAAGUUUUAGAAAGCUAUUAUUACCAAGCAGGAAAUAGUGCUAAUGCAAAUACAAGAGUAAAAACUGGGACCUGGAGGUCUUAUCUUGCUAGUAGAAAGUUUAAAAGAGUACAAACUAAGAUUCAAAUUUAAAUCUAGAAUUGGAUUUGAUGUAGCAGAGACAAAUUAAUAUUCUGGCGAUGUGUGGACCAUUUAUUAGCAUCUAAAUAUUGCAAACUUUAUAAAUCAGUUCAAUUCAAUGACAAUGAUAGGAAUUCUCUACAUAGUUUCCUUUGAUACAUUUGUCGGUAUUUUUGAUCUUCAAAAAAGAAAUUGGGUUAAAUUUGAGAAUUUCAAUCGAAAAGUAAAGAAAGUUAUGAGAUGUGUUUAAAAAAAUAAAGAAUGGAAUCUUGUUGUCUUCCUAAGAAAUAAAAACAGUACAUCUAGUAUAUGCUAUUAUAAUGCUGAUAGAAAAGUUGAAAAAUGCAACAUUUUACACAAAGAAGAUGAAUUUUAAAUUAAGUCAAUAAUUACAGAAUGGUACAAUCAGCAAAGAAUUUAUUUCAUCUCUAUGAGAGGAGAAUAAAUCCAAUUAAAGAUUAUCUAAAAUAUGAAAAUUGAAAUAAUUAAUUUAAAUGGAUUUCAAUUAAGCUAAAAACACUAGUUGGUAAAGUUGAUAUCGAAAGAAAACUAAUAAGAUAAUAAAUAUGAGGAUUUUGUUAUCUUUGACAAGGAAAUUCAGCAAAUAUAUUUCUUCAAUAAAGUUGAAGGAAUGAGUAAUACCUUUAAAAUGAUUAGCAGUUUAAAGAUUUCGUUUCAAUCAGAUGAGAAUACGAAUAUUUAAGUAAAUAAGAUUACAGCUAUUAUGAAAAUACAAGUUCCAAAUAGAAUCAUACUAUUUGAUGACAAAAAUGGAUAUAUAUUGAACUCUAAAUCAGAUGUUAAACAUAGAAUCAUAUAAAAUAUACAAGUAGCUAAUGUACUGCUUCUAGAUUAGAAAUAUCUGUAUUCAAUCAUUAAUUCAAGUGAAAAAUAUGAGCAAGGAGUGUAUUUUUAGAGUCUUGCAUCUUUCAUGGAUGAAGAUGUUGUCAUUUAAGAAAGUGGAAGUUUCAAACUCAAGAGUGCAAUAGCAGGAAGAAGCUGCUACCUAGAGUAUUUUAAGAAAGAUUAGAGAAUAGUAUAUCAAUCUGACUUUUAAACAAUCAAAAUUGUACCGAUCCUGCAUAGAAACAUAAUAAGUUUCUUUGGAAUGAAGAAAAGAAGCAAAUAUCUAGGCUUCAAAAGUAUUGGAGAAGACUUGAUUGGUUUAGAUUAUUCAGGGAAAUUGACAAGCUGGAAUCGCUUUAAUGGCAUGUUAAAUACUUAGCUGGUUAUUGGUUCAUUUGACAGCAAAUUUGAUGAUGAUUCGAAUAUUUCAAAAUUUAGUGUGUUUGGUUCUGAUAUAAAAGAGAUGCAACCCUCAUAAAGAGAAAAUAUAGAUGAAAAUUUUGUUGCAAAAGGAAGGUCAACUACCUAUAUGAAGGAUUGGCACUCAGAUGCACUUCUUUUAGUAAAUUAUACUUAGGAGAUAAAAAAUGUUGACGAAAGAGAAUUCUUCGGGAGCAGAUAUUUUACGGGUGGUGCUAACUAAAUUACAAAAGCAUUUAUUAAGACUCAGCCUAAAAAAUUUUAUGAAUUUAAAGUCAUUGAAAUCAUAAGUAAAAGUGAAUUCAGAGAACACUACAACUUCAUUCAUCCGAUUUUCAAAAACUCAGAUUAUACAAAAAUUCAUAUCAGUAAAAAUAGAGAAAAGAUGUUUGAAAAAGUUGACGAAUUCUCUGUGUUUCUCUAUAAUAAAAUUGGAAACGAUUUAGAUGAAAAUAAUUUAAGAAUAAAGUGGAAUCUUAUCAGAAGAAUCUAUGAUUUUCCUCAUGAUAUUAGUAAAUUCAGUGACUACAACUAUCUUCUCUCUCCUAACUUCAAAUACUAUUUGGACUUUGAUAUCUCUAAAAAUUUCUAUAAGAUAGUCUCUCUAGAUUAAUCAAAAUCUCUCGAUUCAUACAAUCAAUUUGAGUUGAAUUACUAUCUUGAUUAGGGAAUAAUAAAUCCUCAUAGAGAUGACCCGACUUAGAUAGCAAAGAAGUUCAUGUGGAUAAAUGAUUACACAUUUAAAGUUAUUAACAAUUUCGGCUACGAAAAAAUCAUCUAAUUUAAUAAUGAUGAGCAAACUGUUACCUUUUAAAAGUAAUAAAUGAUUUUAUCUGAUGUAGGAAAGCAAAUAGGAUACUGCAAGAUACCUAUGUUAGAUUUGAAGAAAAUAAAUGAUACCAAACAUUAUCACUAUUAUUUAGACUAUAAUGUCCAGAAUACUGAUGAUAUCGAAGAGCGAUUAAUGAUCAAGUAUUAGAGAUACUUUUCCGCUGUCAAUGAAAGAUUAUCAUAGAAAGAUGAACACAAAGAAUCUAAAUUUUUAACAUCAGAUGAAUUUGAUGAAUUAAUGUAUACAAUAGACUAUAGCUAGAACAAUUGCUAAGAUAGGCCUAUCAUAGAUAUGAGUUUCACAUAUCUGCAUUGGAAAAUAGUAGAAAGAAUUGAAAGCGAUCAAAUAGGAUUAGAUUUUCUAAAAAAGCUACCAAUAAAAGAUAUCAGACUCUUGUGUCUUAACAUCUUUCCAGAAGGUUAAACGAUCCUUCAUGUUUUGUUUAACAACAUUACAAUUCUCUAAGAACUCUACUCUAUAAUUAGAGAAGAUAAUAAUAGAAAAUAAUAAGAAUUGGUCGGAAUAUAUGGUCAUGCCAGUAACUAUAUUAAAUUCAAUAUACCGUUCAUACUAAACUACAAAAAGCUUUCACCUCUUCACUUGUGCUUAAGGCUAAAUAGAAAAGGUCAUCUUAAUCAACAGUAAAAUGAAUAAGCUGCAGAUGUAUUCCUAUCACUCAUCAAAGAUGAUGAUAUCGACAAUCACUCAAGAGCCAUUGUGGAUAUACUGCCAAAUUUAGUAGAAUUAGAGUUGCCUAGAAUGGGAAUUUAUCUCGAGAGUAGAAUAGUUAGAACCGAUAUUUUAGAUACAUUAAAUAGAGGAAGUUUAAAUCAUAGAAAAGGAGUUAAUUACGCUAUUGAGACUUGCCUCCAAUGGCCUGAUAAAAAAUAACUAACUAAUCAAAUUUUCAAAAAAAGCAGAAUUGAAAAUGAAAUAAGAGUAGAAAUGCUAGAUAUUCCACAUAUUCAUGAUUUAUUCACCCAUGAAUGCGUGAACUUUGCUGAAGCAAUAAGCAAAGUUGAGGAUAUAUAGAUUUUCAACAAUAAAGCCAUUAUGUGUCUUAUUGAUUUUAUGUGGCCAAUAGCCAAAAGACAGACAAUCAAGUACUUGUUCGUUCCGUUUCUUGUUUAUUUGGCACUCUUCGUUUCAUAUUCAAAUGUUUUAUGCGGGUAGGUUGAGUAAAAUUACCAUAUAUAUGAUGCAAAAAUAGUAAUUAUUGCACUUCUUUACGUAAUGAGUAUCUACUUGCUCAUAAAUGAAGUAAGGCAGGUCUACAAGCUUAAGCUAAACUAUUUUAGAUCAAUAUGGAAUUACUCAGAUAUAUCUCCACCUAUACUAGUCAUUAUUGUGAUAUCAUUCCAUCUAAGGCAUCAUGUGGACAAUAGCUAUGAGCUACCUAGCUUUAUAAUUACUCUACACAGCUUUGCAAGUCUCCUAGUUUGGAUAAAGUUUCUAUAUUUCCUCAGAAUAUUCAGAACCACAGGAUAUCUCAUUAACAUGCUUAGUACUGUUCUUUGGGAUAUGAAAAUUUUCCUAUUGAUACUGCUAAUCAUUUAUUUAGGUUUUGCAGAGGCUUUCCUAAGAUUAGCCGAAUCUUCUGAAGAAGAAUUUAACUUUGCUAAGAAUUACGCCUAUGCACUUGUUUAUGCUUUUAGACUAAGUAUUGGAGAUACGGAUACAGAUUUAUUUGAUGACAAUAAGUAGCCGAUAACCAUUUGGAUAAUUUUUAUACUCUGUGCUCUCUACACUAAUAUUGUCAUGCUUAAUCUUCUAAUUGCUAUCAUUUCCCAAUCUUUUGAAAAGAUCAACAAUAAUGCUAACUAAGCAAGCUACCAGGAGAGAUCCAGAAUUAUCUUCGAAAAUAAUUAUUUGAUCAGUAAGGGGCUCAAGAAAAACUUUUGUGAGAGAAAUAGCUAUUUAGUAACAGCAAGAAUAAUCGAUGCGUAGAAAUCUGCUUAGGAAUUGGAAGAAUUUAAUUAAGAGAAAAAUUCAUAAAACCUAGAAAAUACACAAAAUGUCAAUCAAUAAAAUAUUUUUCCUAAUUCUCCAAUUAGACAGAGUCAGAGUCCUGAUCUUAAGCUAGUAAGAAUGCCCACUGUUAGUGUAAAUUUCAACUUUUUUAAUUUUAUAGAAAUCAAGUACAGAAGUUGCUCUUGA